UUACCACUGCUGAGCACAACUGCUUUCCAGGCGGGUGGAAAAACCUAUGUAAUUGUAAAUGUCAUGUGUCUAUAUCUCCCAUGUCGGGUCAUACUCCUUCAGAACACCUUUGGUUGGAAGUUACAGACAGUUUAGAAGUUGACAGGCGCAUGUUAAUGUACGCUGAAAUGAUACCAGGUUCAAACCAUUUAGCCUUUAUCCCAAGGAAAGGAAUAGAAAAGGAAUGUUGCACAUUAUACAGACAACACAAACCCAGAACUGAGAAGAUCUGCCACUUUUCUGGACCAAACAAUAGGAAACAUAGCAAAUCCCCCUGCCUCGGGGCCUGUCUUAGAUUUUGUUUCAAGAACCGGGGGAAGAUGGAGCAAAGAGAGCAAGCAGUCGAAUGUCCUGUUGAUGGCACCGAGGGGAGACUGAGGGAACUGGCAUUUAAGUGGUUCAUAGAGACGCAAGUGCAUCUUAUUGUCCACAACGGCUUCUUCCCCACAUGGUUCCUUGGCUUCAUCACCAGAAAGGAUGCUGAAGAAAUACUGAGAGAAAAGGAGCUGGGUUGUUUUUUGAUCCGCCUCAGUGACAAGGCCAUCGGGUACAUACUGUCUUACAGAGGCAGGGAUCGGUGUCGGCACUUUGUGAUAAACCAAAGUGAAUCAGGACAGUUCAUCGUCUGUGGAGACACUGAGGCACAUGCUACUGUCUCUAAUCUCAUCGAAUACUACAAAACAAGUCCUAUUGAGCCGUUUGGAGAGUAUCUGACAUCUUCAUGUUAUGAGACUCUGAAUGAAGACCUGUAUGAUACCAUUCAGUUCAGCCCCAAAGAAAAGCCCGUGGCCACUGUCAGAGCUGUAAAGCAUGUGGCCAAAAAGCCCAUUAACACUCAGAGCUCAGAGCAGCCACCUACACGGCCACCAAAGAGCAAGAAGACACUGGAGGAAGUGCCUCCUUUGCCUCGGAGGAGCAGACAUCUUGAGAAUGGCCUCCUCGAUGAUCAGGACAGGGUUCUGUAUGCUCAACUCAGGAAGCAAGUACCCAGGGAGGCAGCUAGAGAGCAGGCAAUCUGUCAGGACAAUUUCCCUGCAGAAAAUCCAAGAAGGGAUGAGAGAUGCACCACCCUGGAUCAGCACUUGAGCAGAAGUGGAUCACCACCAGACUCUAUUUACUCUGAACUUGAAAUGCUGGACAGCAGGAGCAAGUCUCUGCCUCUUCUGGCCAGUAGCUAUGAUGGUGAGCAGUCUUACAGGCUGAGUGUGCCUCCACAAACACCACCAAGACUGUCUCCGAGGCCCAUCAGACAAGCCCACAGCCACGGCCUGGCUUCAGAGGCAGCCGACUCCUACAGUAGACCCACCAGCAGCCACAGCCUGGACUACCUGAGCGACACCGCUAUCUAUCACCUGGCUGGCCGGCCCGGUAGCCCACACACUCCUUCCACCGACGCUCACUCAUCUCCAGAGCACCACUGUGACUCGCUGUAUGCUGAGGUCUCCGCUGAAGGCAUCAUUGUUGAUCACUUUGCUAAUACGUAUGAACAGAUUCCAGGCCACAAAGACACAGCCAGGCCUAAACCCAACGGCAAGGCUCAUGAAGCUCUGGACGACAUCAGACCCAAGCAAAACCACUCCUCCUGGGGAUUAAAGAACGACAAAUGGAAAUGGCUCUUCCCUGAUGCCAAAAGGAAAUGGUGAAGGAGAUGACCUGAACUGCCACUGAAGAAACAUUUACAAAUUCUACCACUUCCACUUGACACUAUUUUUUAAUAUGUCCUCUGUGAACGCUAUUGUACUGU